UCUGAAAGAUAUCAAAGCCGCGGCUAAAUCAGAAUCCAAACCGACAAACCAAUCAAUCCUCUUUCCAUGUGUGCUUCAUUUUAUUUCCCUCUCUGACCAGCAGGUGGCACUAGUACAACUUACAACAAGUGUGACUGUCACUUAAAACAAGAAGAAGUACUAACAGCGCACCCGUUUAGAAAAUAUAGCUAGCUGCCGCUAGCAAAUAAAAGGACUUCAUUUUACCGCAAGACUUUUUUUUAUUGAGGCAGAAUGCCUCGUUAUGCACAGCUAGUGAUGGGCCCGGCGGGCAGCGGUAAAAGUACCUACUGCUCCACCAUGGUCCAGCAUUCAGAGUCCCUAAACCGCUCAGUCCAGGUGGUCAAUCUAGACCCAGCAGCUGAGCACUUUGACUACCCUGUCAUGGCAGACAUCCGUGAGCUCAUCCAGGUGGAUGACGUGAUGGAAGAUGAUUCCCUCAGAUUUGGCCCCAACGGAGGCCUGGUCUUCUGCAUGGAAUACUUUGCCAACAACUUUGAUUGGCUGGAAGAAAGCUUAGGUCAUGUAGAAGAUGACUACAUAUUGUUUGACUGCCCAGGUCAGAUUGAACUUUAUACACACCUCCCUGUAAUGAGGCAGCUGGUGGAGCAGCUCCAGCAGUGGGAGUUUCGGGUGUGUGGGGUCUUUCUGGUUGACUCCCAGUUCAUGGUGGAGUCUUUUAAGUUCAUCUCAGGUGUCAUGGCUGCCCUGAGUGCUAUGGUGUCAUUAGAGAUUCCUCAAGUAAACAUAAUGACGAAAAUGGACUUGCUCAGUCCCAAAGCCAAGAAGGAAAUUGAAAAGUAUCUGGACCCAGAUAUGUACUCAAUGAUGGAAGAUAACUCUGAUACCAUCAGAAGCACAAAGUUCAAGAAGCUGACUCAAGCCAUCUGUGGUCUGAUUGAUGACUACAGUAUGGUGAGAUUCUUGCCUUUUGACCGCACAGACGAGGAGGGUAUUAACAUAGUUCUACAACACAUCGACUUCUCUAUACAGUAUGGAGAGGACCUGGAGUUCAAGGAGCCAAAGGAGAAUGAGGAAGAGCCAGCUAACCUAAAUUACGAUGAGAUUUUUCAAGGCAAAGUAGACAGCUGAAGAAGAAUGUUACUCCUGGGAUGCUGUGAAAAAUACUUUAUGUGAGAUGGAAACAAAUGGAGAAGAAGAGAAUGGCAUGUGACAGCAAGGACACUGAUGAAGGGACAUCUGUGGAAAAACAUGAAUAGCUUGGGUCAUAUGUUUAGAAGGUUUUGUUUUUAGAAGCCACUUUGAUGACUCAAGGAAUUUAUGAUUUAAAUCCAUUUAUGUUUCAUUAUUUUAGGGAUAAUGUUGAAGUUUAAAGAGCUGUUAAUAAAUACAUAUAUAUUUUUGAAUAAAAUAUUCCUCAAAAUUC